AUGCAGUUCACCACCAUCGCCCUUCUUUUCUCCGCUGCUUUCACUGUCUCAGCCGCCCCAGGCCCUGACACUCUCGCUAAGCGUAGCUGCUGGACCUUGACUGGCAAUGAGCUUAAAAUCUGCCAAGAUGCCUGCAAGGUUACCUGCGACGUUGCCACUGGUGGCAUUGCACGAAAGCUCUGCAAGGCUGCUUGCGAUGCUCCUCCGCUUAAGGCUCGUGACAACGAGGUCGUCGCUGAUGCCAUCGAUGCGCGAGGCAUUGGAAAGAAGAUCUGUGAUAUUAGUUGUGAUGUUACCUGCAACUCCACUGUCCUCGCUCUUGACCAGCUUGAGUGCCUGAAGAUCUGCAAGGCGAAGUGCUAA